AUCGCAAUUUUAACGAUUUUAACGAAUUAAAUAAUUACGAAAUGCCAGUUGACGCUAAUUUUAAAAAUCCGAACGCUAAAGGGAGAUUUUGUAGUGGGUUAUGCCGGCGCAGAGGAUGGGGUUACCCUGACGUUCUACGAAUUAGAGGCUCUGUGCUUCCGACUACAAUUCCCGUCCUUUUCUUUACAGGCCUUUUCACUACUCAAGUAGUUGUCCUAUACAAGAUUUUUGAUAUAGAUGUCAGAAUGCCAGAAAGUUUGGUUGGUACUGUUGCUGUGGUUGUUGGUCUUCUUUUGGCUUUUCGAACGAACAAUGCUUAUGAUCGUUAUUAUGAAGGCAGAAAAUUAUUUGUUAGCAUGUGUACCGACAUUCGAAACGCCACACGUAACAUCUGGGUUGGCGUAAGGGAAGUUGAUGAGGGUGACCGUCAAGAAAAAGAAAGGAACGUUAAACUUUUAUUGGCAUUCGCAAUUGCUGUUAAACAUCAUCUUCGUUUAGAAUUCGGUAUUGAUUGGUAUGAUUUAAAUGACCUUCUUCCUGAGGGACUCCAAUUAACAAACUUUGAUGGAAAUGUUGCACAAGAAAAUACAGUAUUGGGAUCAGGAAGUGAAGAAGACCCUAAUAGACAUGAUGCCAAUAGACCUUCAACAGAUCUACCCGAUGUUAGGUCAUCGCUUCGUUCACUUGCAAAUAGAAUCCCCCCUUCAACUUAUCGUACUCUUCGUAAUAAUUAUUCUAAUGAUAAUACAACUAUAUGGUUUGGUGCAUCAGAAUGGGGUAAUGAAAUUGAUGCUAGUAUGAGUUUACCACUUGAAAUUAUUUUUCAUGUUGGAUUGUAUAUUGACAAAAAACGAAAUAAUAUUAUGGAUAGUGCUUAUGGUACUAUUUCUUCAAAUUUAAAUAGCUUGGUCGAUAUUUUUGGUAAUUUAGAAAGAAUUGGUAAUACACCCAUUCCUUUUGCUUAUAACGUUCAUCUGAAACAAGCCGUCAUUAUAUAUGUUUGGAUACUUCCAUUCACUUUAGUUGCAAUGCUCGGAUGGAUUACUAUUCCAAUUGUCGUAUUAGUUGGCUUCAUUCUUUUUGGUGUUGAAUCUAUCGGUGCCGAAAUUGAGAAUCCAUUCGGUUAUGAUACAAAUGAUUUACCAUUGGAUGGAUAUUGCCAAGAUUUGGAAGCCGAAAUUAAAUAUUUGGAACGUCAUAUUCCUUCCGUAAAAGCGGUUCCAGCGUCUCAAUCUUCUCGUUAAUUUAUUUUUCAGAAAUAAAAUCCAUCAUUUCUGUUUUUGUAUUUAUUUGUUUUUUUUUUUCUUUAAAAAAAAAAUAUUUGCUGUAAAUCUUUGAUCAUUAAUGUCGAUUAAAAUCAAUAAAAGUUGAAUUGAAAAUGCAAAAAAAAAAAUAAAAAUUGGUUUAUAACU